UGAGUGUUCAGGAGUUUCUGGCUGCUCUUCAUGUUCAUCGGACCUUCAUUAAGUCUGGGGUCAUCCUGAUGAAAGAAACACAACCACAACCUUAUUUCUUCACUACAUUAUUUAGCAAAUCAUAUGUAAAUGAUCUCCAUCAGAGAGCCAUUGACCAGGCCUUAGAGAGUCCAAAUGGACACCUGGACUUGUUCCUCCGUUUCCUCCUGGGACUUUCACUGCAGACCAAUGAGAGACUCCUACAAGGUCUGAUUACACAGACAGGAAGUAGCUCACAGACCAAUCAGAAAACAGUUAAGUACAUCAAGGAGAAGAUAAGUGAGAAUGAGUCUGCAGAGAAAAGCAUCAAUCUGUUCCACUGUCUGAAUGAACUGAAUGAUCGUUCUCUUGUGGAGGAGAUCCAACAGUCUCUGAGACCAAGUCUCUCCACAGAUAAACUGUCUCCUGCUCAGUGGUCAGCUCUGUGUUUCAUCUUAGUGUCAUCAGGAGAAGAUCUGGUUGAGUUUGACCUGAAGAAAUACUCUGGAUCAGAGGAGGCUCUUCUGAGGCUGCUGCCAGUGGUUAAAGCCUCCAACAAAGCUCUGCUGAGUGACUGUAACCUCUCAGAGAGAAGCUGUGAAGCUCUGUCCUCAGUUCUCAGCUCCCAGUCCUCCAGUCUCAGAAAACUGGACCUGAGUAACAACAACCUGCAGGAUUCAGGAGUGAAGCUUCUCUCUGCUGGACUGAAGAGUCCAAACUGCAAACUCAAAACUCUCAGCUUGUCAGGCUGUCUGAUCUCACAGGAAGGCUGUGCUUCCCUGGCCUCAGCUCUGACCUUUAACCCCUCCCAUCUGAAAGAGUUGGACCUGAGCUACAAUCAUCCAGGAGACUCAGGAGUGAAGCUGCUGUCGGCUGGACUGAAGGAUCCAAACUGGAGACUAGAAACUCUUAGGGUGGAGCCUGCUGGAGUCCGAUGGUUGACACCAGGUCCUUGGAGAUAUUCCUGUCAACUCACCAUCGACACAAACACAGUGAGCAGAAAUCUGAAACUGUCUGAAAACAACAGGAAGGUGACACUUAUGGAGGAGCGUCAGUCAUAUCCUGAUCAUCCAGACAGAUUUGAAUAUUAUCACAAUGUCCUCUGUACAACUGGUCUGACUGGUCGCUGUUACUGGGAGGUCGAGUGCAGUGGAGGAGUUGAUAUAACAGUGAGUUACAGAAGAAUCAGGAGGAAAGGAAGGACUAGAGCCUGUGUGUUUGGAGAGAACGAUCAUUCCUGGUGUCUGGUCUACUCUGAUCGUUUUCUUGAAGGUUACCACAUCAGGCACAAUGAUAUGGGAACACGUCUCUUCUCCUCCUCUGUCUUUACCUCUAAGAGAGUAGCAGUGUAUGUGGACUGGCCUGCUGGUGUCCUGUCCUUCUACAAUGUUUCUUCUGAUUCUCUGAAUCACAUUCACACCUAUAAAACCACAUUCACUGAACCCCUGUAUGCUGGAUUUGGGCUCUGGUCCUGGUCCGGGUCCGGUUCUUCAGUGUUUCUGAAGAACUAGAGCUUCUCCUGUCAGAGAAAUUCUCUCUGUUAAAGUCAAAAGUAAAAGUCAAGUUUAUUGACAAGGCAGUUCAAAGUUCUUUUUCCCAUAAUAACAUAAUACAGUAUUAAAUGAUGAAACAUUAAAUGAUGUCAGAUAUCAAAAUAAGAAGCAAACAUGCAUCAAAUAUACUGAUGUUUCAAUUAUUAUGAAUCAAACACAACCGUAAACCAGUGGGUUUGUUACUCCUUUAUUAAGUUGGUAUUACAUGUCGAUCCACUAGGGGGCACUGUUUUGGCAGGACCGUAUGUUCUUGGGUUUGUACUGUUCUGCUCUGGUUCUGUUCAGGUGAUGAACAUGGCAGAAUAAAGUUGAACAAAAGUCAUUUUUACUGACUAAUAUUGGUAGCAGAGGAUGUUAGUAACUACAGAGUUCCUCCAACAUUUGAAGAAUGAAAGCAGCUGGAAGAAUCAAGUCAACAUUUGGACGAGUUACAGAUUUGGAGUAGAAAAACUAACCUCUUGCCGUUUCCUGGCCCAGUCUGGAAGAGCUCAGGAAGCUCCGAUAGACUAUCUGAAUCAGGGGGCCCAAAGUCGGUCCCUGAGGGCCGACAUCCUGCACGUUUUAUUCACUUCCUGGUUGCACCAACAACCUUCUCAGCUUGUCAAUGUUCCUCUUGGCCUCUAAUGAGCCUCAUUUGAUCCAGAAUAAAACAAGCAGGAUGCCUCCAGGACCCACUUUGGGCCUCCAGGACCCACUUUGGGCCUCCUGGACCCACUUUGGGCCUCCAGGACCCACUUUGGGCCUCCUGGACCCACUUUGGGCCUCCAGGACCCACUUUGGGCUCUUCUGCUCUAAGUGAUGACACAGGAAUGACCACAUUGAGGCGCUAAGCAGGAACGAACCAUUUCACGCAGAUCCAGGGGGGUUCAGUGAAAAUAUAGAUGUGUGCUUUUUGGUGUGGGAAGGGUAACAUUUGAUUUUUACUGCUAAAAACAAUUUUAGAAAACACUGUACGACUAAUUUUGUAAUUGACAGGGCCCCAGUUUUUUACAUUCCCAUUUUGAAAAAAGCCUGUUUUGUGGUGGGGGGGGGCUUUCGGAAAUGUCCUAACCUUUCCCCCCUAUAGGCGCCCCUGCUAAUAGGCCUGAUCAGUAGUUUAUUUCUCUGUGAUGGCCAAAUCCAUGGCCACACUCUGAAGUCAGAAACUCUUUUAUGCACAAUUUAUUUUUCAUACAAACACAACACUUUAGUUUCAGUAAAACAUUUAUUAGUUGAUUUGGAUACAAUUGUUCUAAUUGUUAGCGCGUACAUUUAGUUAACAUGUAUUUAUAUCAACUUAAAGUUUAAUUUGUAGUUUCUUUGUUUACAUAAGUUUUGUAUUUAAGUAAAUAUUAGUAUUUAAACUUUAAUAUUUUUGAUUUUCAUUUUUGGGUCUUCAGUUUAGCCAAACUUAGCUGUACUGUUAUCUGUUUUUGUGUUUGUAUUCUGUUUAUUUACCCGUAUUGUGUCUUAAUUGGUCUGAUCAGCCUGUAUAUAAACCCUGUGUGUCGUUUCUUUGUUAGGUCAGUUAUGUUUGUUUGUGCAGCCAGUUUGUUUACAUUUUUGCCAGAGUUCAGUUUUGUUUCUUUCACCUCUUUUAUGAGCUCAGUUUAUCUUGUCAUUUAUAAUCUUUGGGUUAAAAUAAAAACCCUAUUUUUCUAAUAAAUCCUGUGACUCCUCCUGUUUUUAACUCGGUCCAUCACACCGUCAGAUUCCCCCCAGUUACAUAAGAGUAACUAAGAGUAAAAUAAUUUAAACCUUGAGUGAAAAUGAGCAGGAGAUAAAAUCAGUGAAGAAGUGAACCCACGAGCCGAAGGUUUGGGGUUUAAAGUUUGGAUUUCCUCUCAGUGCUGCUUCAUGCUGUUGUUUUUUGGGGUUUUUUGGAUCCAGGAACUUUCACAGCUUCUGCUGAGAAUGAGUUGAAGGAUUUUAAUUAGAUUUCUGAGGCUCCAUCUGCCAGUCGAGAAACUUUAUCAUGGAUUUUUACCACAAUAAAGAAAACAUGGCAUCACUUCCACCUCUUCUUGGCGCCAAUAAAGAGCUCGUUACUGCUGGUGCUUCAAUGCAAGUCUUUUCACAAUACUUAACUUUGCCACUGACACAAAACCACCGUCGAUCCAAAAACACAACAAACAUAAAUGAGACGGUGUCACGAAUACAAUGACAUUAAAAAUGACCCAUGACAUAAACACACCUCGCUGGCUGACCGAGCCUUUGAGGUGGAAACGAACCACUUGCUCAUGUCAGGCCUUCAUACCAUGGGCUGCUGCUUCUUUCCCCAGCGAACAUUCUGGAUUGCACUUCCUACUUUAGCUUUUCAAAAUAAAAGUCACAAUAACAAAUAUGUGCCUAAUACAAAAUAAAAACAUACAAACUAAAACUAUGGCAGUGAAACAUGGAUCAACCCAGGAAGAUCUUUCCACGUGAUGUGACCCUCUGUCUCUUUCUGACUCCUGGCACAUUUAUUACAUUAAAAAAAUAAAUGUGUUUUAGGGGAGGAUAAUUAAACACAACUGGACAUUUUUUCAACUCAUCUACAUUUUUCUAUUUUGCAUGAUUUUUAAUUUUUUAAAUUAUUUUCCUGUUUGCUGUACCUG